GGCGCGCCUCUGGGCGGCCGCGGCCCGGCGGGCUGACGGCGGCGCUCGGUGCCCGCAGGUCGGUAGUCGCCGCCAUGGCGCUGAUCGAAGGCGUGGGCGACGAGGUGACCGCGCUGUUCGCGCUGCUGCUGGCCGUCGCCGUGCUGGCCUUGGCCUGGGCCUCCACGCGCGCCCCCGAGCCCGUUCCGCCGCCUCGCGCCGCCGCGCCGCUGCCCGAGGAGGGCCCGAGCGCCGCCCCCGAGCCCGUCGCCCCGCACAAGGCCCCGGCCUCGGCCCCGGGCGGGGCGGGCCCCGAUGGGGCGGGCGGAGCGGCGGCUGCGCUGCGGGCGCGGGGCGGCGCCGGGGCCCCCCAGCAGAGUGCGGGCGGAGCGGCGGGGGGCGGCCCCGCGGAGCCCACCAUGGUGCUACGCCUCAAAUUCCUCAACGACACCGAGCGGCUGGCCAGGGUGCGGCCCGGGGACACCGUGGGGGCCCUCAAGAGGACCUACUUUCCCGGGCAGGAGCAGCAGGUGCGGCUCAUCUACCAGGGCCAGCUGCUGCGUGACGAUGCCCAGAGCCUGGCAGCCCUUCACCUGGCACCCAACAGCGUCCUGCACUGCCACAUCUCCCAGCACAGCCCUGCCCCUGCACCCGCCGGCCCCCGCGCCUCCGCCGACCCCGUGCACACCGCCCUCAACGUGGGCAGCCUGAUGCUGCCGCUCUUCGUGCUGAUGCUGGCCGUGCUCUGGUACUUCCAGCUGCAGUACCGCCACGUCUUCACCGCCACCGCCACCACCUUCCUGGCCGGCCUCACCCUGCUCUUCAGCUUCAUGGCCUUCACCAUGUACCGCAGAUAGCGCUGCCCCGCACCCCGACUGGAACCGCCCCCCACUCUCGCGCUGCGGUGCUCAGGGUUCUGCUGCUGCUCCAGAACUCGAGGGGUGUUGGCUAUGUCCCGGUGCUUCAGGGGCUGCUCACAGCCAGCACGGAGUUGGCACGGCCCCGGUGCUGCCCUCAGCCCUCUACCACCGCCGGAAGCCCUCCGCGCACGGGGCGAGGCACGGAGUUGCACCGCAGGGCACCGAGCAGAAGGGGGGGGACGCAGCGCCCCGUGAGCCCCCAGGUGCCUGCUGCCCGCGGCUGCGAGCCCUGCGGGGGUCAGGGGCUACCGGCCCGUGCUCGGGGCUGGGCCCUCGGUGCCGUGAGCAUGUGCUCGGCCGUGCUUCUUUUAAGAUUAAAAAGGAAGAAAACUGUGGAUGCUCCAAA